UUCAAACACACAUCGUCCUUUUUAUUUUUUUACACCUCAUCUCUCUUACACUCCCUCUCUACCUCUCCCCCUCUGUCCUUCUCUGUUGCCCCCACGUCAGAAGCUUUCUAAAUCUAAUCAUAUUCCAUUCUCUCUUCCCUCCUCAUAUUUCAGUUCCCCCAUUUUCGAUUUUCCUUUCUCCCCACCCUCUAAUUUCUAUCUUUAUUAUCUGCUCUUCUCCUACCCCACUGUCUUUCAACUCAUCUUCUUCUCUUUCUCCUCCCCGCCUCUCUUUCUCACUCUCUCUGCCACCCUACUCCUCUUCACCCAACGCUUUCUUAUCCUCUCAUUACAUUCGUUUUUCUCCUUUCUUUCUCUUCCCCCGUUUUUACUUUGUCUCUAUCUAAAUUUUUCUCUCCUUCCAUACCGUUUCUAAUAAUUUUUCUUUCUCUUUUCCUUACCCUCCCCUCCACCGAUAUUUUCUCACGCUCUCUCUUUUUUUCUCUUACUCUCCUUCUUUCUCUCUUUCUCUCUUCAUUCUUAUCACUCUCUAAUUCACUAUCACGCCUUCUCUGUUUCUUUUUUUACUCAACUAUUUUAUCAUCCUGCUCAUGUCCUCCGUAAUAUAUAUCAAUGUAACAAAGUCGAAUCGCUUGAUAGUGUGUUUUCGCCCUGCAGACAUCUGACAACUGAUCGGAUAUAUUUAUAUAUAAAAUACAUAUAUACUUAUAUGCAUAUAAAUACAAACAAAUAACUACAUUUAAAGACACUCGCUCAUCCUUUUGCUACUGCAGAACAUUAUUCGUGAUCAAAGGGUUGACAGAAACGAGUGGAAAAAUGAAGCCCAAAAGUCUUGAAACAAAACAAAACAAACAUGCAUUUACGCUCAUUGUCCAUUAUUAAUUCGUGUAUUCGAAUGUGUAUUGAUCCAUGUCUGCACGGUCCAAUUCAACCAGAACACCUUUACGGCUGUCAAGAUUUGCUGUUCCGUUUAUAUAUAAUUACUUCAAUUUUGCUGAUAAUUAUUAUGGUCAAAGUAUCUUUUGCCAGUAAUGAUUGCAGUGACAUGGGUCACACAUUAUCAGAACCUGUGACUUCGAAGACUACGUCUAGUUGUGAAAACCAUUAUGUAAAAGUGGGUUCAUCUUGCAUGCAAGGAUGGCGAAUCAAUAUGGAAGAUGCGCAUACACAUUUACUGUCUUUACCAUCAGAUAGAGAAUGUUGCUAUUUUGGAGUUUUUGAUGGACAUGGAGGGGCUAAAGUUGCUCAGUAUGCAGGGAAUAACUUGCACAAAAGAAUAGUUUGCAGUGAAUACUACAGUCGUGCAAACAUUGCAGAGGCUUUACGGCAAGGAUUUUUGCAAUUAGAUACUGAAAUGUUGAAAGAUGAUACGAUGAAAGAUGAACUGGCUGGUACCACAGCUCUUGUAGUUUUGCUGAAAAAUAAUAAGCUUUAUUGUGGUAAUGUUGGUGAUUCUCGUGCAGUAGCUAGUGUAGCAGGAAUGGUGGAAGUAUUAUCGUUUGAUCACAAACCAAGCAAUGAUAAUGAAACCCGACGAAUUGUUGCAGCUGGAGGUUGGGUGGAAUUGAACCGAGUUAAUGGGAAUUUGGCGCUGUCAAGAGCUUUAGGAGAUUUUGUUUUCAAGAAGAAUGAUAAGAAAAAACCAGAAGAACAGAUUGUAACAGCAUUCCCAGAUGUUGUAGAGAAAGACAUCACCCUAGAUUGGGAAUUUAUAGUUUUAGCUUGUGAUGGUAUAUGGGAUGUCCUGGAAAAUGAAGAUGUUGUGAAAUUUAUACGAGCUCGCAUUGCACAAAGGAUGCCACCAGAAACAAUAUGUGAAGAACUGAUGACAGCCUGUCUGGCUCCUGAUUGUAACAUGGGUGGUCUUGGCUGUGACAACAUGACCGUUGUUCUUGUUUGCUUUCUACAUGGAGGGACAUAUGAUGAAUUGGCCAAGAAAUGUGCUAGACCAAUAACUCACUCUAUAAGUGCUCUUCACAAUGAUAACUCUUUAAAUUCUUUAGACUUGAAAUAGUAAGACUGACACCCAUAGCCUAGUAGUAGUUGUUGUUAACAUUGAUGUUAAUGUUGUUUUGUUGUGUUGGACAUUGUUAAUAAAUACAUUGAAAUGUU